AUAUAUGAAAUCGUUUGACAAAAUUGAUAAAUAUAUGUAUAUAUUAACAUAUAUAAAUGCGUGUGUAUAUUUAUUUCAUUUAAUAAUAAUGUUGGGGGAAAGGUGUGAUCAGAAGGUUAUAUAUAUAUAUAUAUAUAGGUGGGUAAGCUUUGGUAAGCUUAUGAGUUAUGACAUAACUUGCAAGCUGUUGAGAUUUCAAUCCUCAAUAGCUUUCAUUUUCGCGUCUCUCUUCCCUCCCUCUGCUCUGUUAUAAUCAAUCCCUUCGAACAUAUAUAAAAAUCAAACAUAUUAUACGCAAUAACAUUAACAAAAAGAAAGUAAUAUACGCAGUAAUAUUUAAUGGGGAGGCAGCCAUGCUGUGACAAGCUGGUGGUGAAGAAAGGGCCGUGGACGGCGGAGGAAGACAAGAAGCUCAUAAACUUCAUACUCACCAACGGCCAUUGUUGCUGGCGUGCUUUGCCGAAGCUGGCUGGUCUCCGCCGCUGUGGGAAAAGCUGCCGCCUCCGGUGGACCAAUUACCUCCGGCCUGACUUGAAAAGAGGCCUUCUCUCUCACGACGAGGAACAACUUGUCAUCGAUCUUCAUGCUCAUCUCGGCAACAAGUGGUCUAAGAUAGCUUCAAGGUUACCCGGAAGAACUGAUAACGAAAUAAAAAACCAUUGGAAUACUCACAUCAAGAAAAAACUUGUUAAGAUGGGAAUCGACCCUAUGACACAUCAACCUCUAAACCAAGAACCGAAUAACACCUAUAAUCCCCAAAACCUUUCCUCGACUUCAGAUGAUAUCUCAAUGAAACCAAGGAGCGGCAGUACCAAAGAGACAAAUGGCACGCUUACGGAAGACGAAAGCAGCAGCACGGUUACUGGUCAAAACAAUUCCACGGAUAGUGAAAAUCAUCUACUUAGUAACAUAUAUAAUGAUGAAGAAUUGUUUAGUCAUUUAUGGUCCGAUGAAACUACUACCGCUGAAGCUUCGUGGAGUGAUAGUAACGAUGGCUUUGGUGGAACAUUAUAUCAUCAUGACAACAAUAUGUCGGGCGCAGGAGCAGAUUUUCCGAUAUGGUCACCGGAAGGAAUCAACGGCAAUGAUUGGACGUUUCUGGAUUAUUGCCAAGACUUUGGUGUACAUGAUUUUGGGUUUUGACUCUCUCCUCACCACAUGACAUAAUGGAAACUCUACGGAGAUGAGUCACAACACACACGCAUUAAUUAGUGUCAUGUUUUAUGCAUACGUGGCAUAUAUACAUGUACAUACAUGCAUGCAAAUAUAAACUCAGCAAGGGUGCACCAUGUUUUCCAAGUAUUACGCAUUAGUCUAGGGGUCUAUAGUAUAUGUGGGGAUACGUCCAAGUCAAGAAAAGAUAAUUAAGUUCAAGUCAGUUAGGUUUUGUAUAGUUAAUUACUUAAUUAUUCACAUGUUCCCAUCCAAAAUCCAAAGAAAGUCGUAUGAAAAUAAUGUGAAUGUAUAUUUUCGCUAUUAUAGGGUCCAAGUUUAGGUUAGAAUAAAACUGAGAGUUUGAGACACUAUAUAUGUCCUCUCCCGGACUCGCGCAUGUGUUGUAUUUUUUUUGUCUUCUCUUUAUUGUAUAGAUUUGUAUGCAUGAAUAAUCUUAAGAUAAAUAUUAGUAUACAAAUUAAUAAACGUUAAACCUUAUGCAUCA